UUCUUCUAUAAAUUGACCAUUAUUAGCCAAUUUUUUACAGUUACGGUUAUUCUCAGCUACUAUAAACCAACCAUAAUAGAAACAGUUUUCCUUGGGGCUUUUGGGCACAAUGCGCGACUGCCACACGCGAAGCGCAUACGUACCGUCCUUUCCUGCUUUCCCGUGCGCAGAUGUGUACCACACAUAGCGCGAAGGAAAAGAAAAGAACCGGGAAACAAAACAGGAGUGCGUGUCAAAUAAACAUUUGAGAAUUGAUUUCGGAGCAAGAAUGACAAAGAGGCAAAGCUGGGCAAAGCAAUAAGAAUAAAUAACGUGAAAAACCGCGCAGUGUCUGCUGAAAGAAAAUGAAGUAAUUAUACAAUUUAGAGAUCUCAUCACCUUCGAUGAAAAUAAAUGUUGUAGUAAAAUAAAUAACUAUUUCAAAUAUUUAGCAUAUAUGUUUAUAUCAAUCGAGCAAUUUUUGGAGAAUAAUAAUGAGUGGUCAAAAGCGAGGACCAUACAAAAAAUUUUGAAAGAGGCAGAAUCUGAAAAAGUUCCUACAUCUACAGCUCAUUCUCGAAAAAAAAAAUGCCAAGAACAGGCUUCCAACAACAUUGCUGAAAAUAAUAAGAAUCAACCAAACAGCUCUGAUUUAAACAAAAAUAAUGAAAAUGAACUGCCUGAAGCCGAUGUUAAUAUGAUGAAUGCUACCAUAAUCCCAUCAGAUGUAGAUGAAGACCACAAUAGAAUCAGUGAUGAUGAUUCCAUUCGCAAUGCAUAAAUAAGUAGUGAUAGUACAGACGAUCUUACUUCACAUAAAAGUUAUCAAAUGGAUGAUGAAGUAGAUAUUGAAACAGAUUCUACUUCAUCUAAUGUUCACCCAUUUGAAAAUUUAAGGGUAGACGACGAAAACAAUUGUU